AAUAAAUCUUUCUCUCAGGUUCCCGCGCUUUGGAUUGUUGUUGAUUUAAAGAAAUUUUGAUUAUAAAAAUCAUAGGAAGCAACAUUGAAUAUCAUCAUUUAGGAAGAUAAUUUAUUAUCAUCAAUAUAAUUAAAUAUGUCAUUUAUUGGAUCAUUCUCCACUGAUGAGGAGAAGGAUCAAAUUCGGAUGUCAUUGUUAACCACCACAAAUCCAGAACCUCCUAAAAAUCCCUAUCACGAUAAUGAAAAUAUCAGUACUAUAGAUUGGAGAGCCGAUAUUAAAAAGGAACGAAAAAACAGAGCAAAACUCUAUUCAAAAACAGGAAUUUGGGCAACUCUUCAUAAAGGAUACUAUGCAUCACAGGGGUGGAUUAUGACAUUCCUGAUAGGUGCUUGGAUUGGUAUAUUUGCUAGUAUUGUGGAUAAGGGUAUGGAAUGGUUGGCCGGAUUUAAAGAAGGAGUUUGUGUGAAUUAUUUCUUGGCCACACAGACAAGAUGUUGCGUGGAAGUGCCAGUUGGUAUCAAGUGUGAAGACUGGAAAACUUGGAGUGAAAUAUUUGGUAUUUAUGAAACUAAUGGCGCCUAUGCUUUUGACUAUUUUGCCUAUAUAUUCAUUGCAGUGUGCAUGGCCACUUUGAGUGCAUGGUUUGUGAAGAGUCUGGCUCCUUGGGCUGCAGGUUCGGGAAUUCCAGAAGUGAAAACAAUUUUGGGUGGAUUUGUCAUCAAGGGUUGUUUAGGUAUUAUGACUUUAAUUGUUAAAAUUAUUGGGUUGGUCCUUGCUGUUGGUUCUGGAUUAACUUUGGGUAAAGAAGGUCCAAUGGUUCAUGUUGGUGGAUGUGUUGGUAACGUCUUUUCAAGAAUUUUCUCAAAAUACAGAAAUAAUGAAGCCAAAAAGAGAGAAAUGAUUAGUGCAAGUUGUGCUGCAGGCGUGGCGUGUGCUUUCGGUACUCCAGCUGGUGGUACUUUGUUUUCACUUGAGGAAUUGUCAUCCUAUUUCCCUCCAAAGACGCUCUUUAGAACUUUCUUUGCCUGUGUUAUUGGAGCUUUGACCUUGCAAAUUAUUAAUCCAAGACCAUCUGGUAAAAUUGUCUUGUACAGCAUUUCAUACCACGUAAAUUGGAAAUGGUUCGAAUUGAUUGCCUUCAUUUUCUUGGGUAUUGUUGGUGGAUUGCUUGGAGCUCUCUUUACCAAGCUCAAUAUUUCAUUUAUUAAGAAUGUUCGUAAAAAGUAUUUUGGAAAAUGGCCAAUCCUGGAAACAAUUGGAUUGACAAUCCUCACCUCAGUGCUUUGCUAUUGGAACGAAUACUCAAGAAUGCCAAUGUCUGAUCUUAUUGCCAGAUUAUUUGAAAAUACUUGUACUGAAAAUUCUUCAGCCGAUUCCAUCUUUGUCGAGUUGUGUGAUCCAACAAAUUUCUGGGCUAUGGGCAAAUUGAUGAUUUCAUUUGUAUUGAGAUUUAUUCUUUUAUCCUUGACUGUUGGUAUCAAGAUUCCAUCAGGUGUUCUUGUCCCUUCAUUGGCUAUAGGUGCUUGUUAUGGUACACUAGUUGGUAGUAUUAUGAAAUAUGUGCAAUUGACUUUCCCUGAUUCUCCAUUCUUCCAAGAAUGUUAUGCUGGUGGUGAAGGUAGUUGUGUUGUGCCUGGUAUGUAUGCUGUUAUUGGAGCUGCAACCAUGUUGGGAGGUGUUUGUAGAAUUACGGUAUCCCUUGCAGUUAUUAUGUUUGAAUUGACUGGUGGUUUGGAAUACCUUGUUCCUAUUAUGCUUUCUGUAAUGUUCGCCAAAUGGGUUGGUGAUGCUUUCAAUAGGGAAUCCAUUUAUGAACUAAAUAUUGAAAUGAAUCAAUAUCCAUUCUUACACAAUGAUGAAGUGGAUACAGAUGAUACAGCAAAACAUAUCAUGACAACUCACAAGCUUAAAGUUAUUUUUGUUGAGGGAGCAACAGUUGGUGAGGUGAGACAAUCUCUUUUGAGAGAAGGACUUAAGUUAUAUGGAUUCCCAAUUGUGGAUAAUUCUGAUGAUAGACGUGUUCUUGGAUUUAUUACCCAAGCAGCUCUUCAAGACGCCCUUUUAACAAAUGAUAGAAGAAUCAAUGACCAGACUGAAAUUGUCUUUUCAGAUCUUCACAAAUCAGAAAGACAAAUUUCACUUAUUAACAAGAUUGACCUUUCAAGCUUUUUAGAUGAAAUUCCAAUCCAAGUCCCAACACAAAUGCCAGGUGAUAGACUUUACAAUAUGUUUAGAGCUAUGGGAGUUAGAUAUUGCCUUGUUUUGCACAAUAGUAAGCUUGUCGGUAUCAUUACAAAGAAGGACUUGGUCAAAUGGCUUCAUCAUGGACAUAGUCACGACUCCAAGCCAUCUACUCCUUCAUCAGAUGGUAUCGCAAUUGUUGAUAUACACGAUCUUGCAACCACAACAAAAACCUCUCUUAAUAUCGACUCGAAUGAAGUCGUUGAGAGGAAAUCAAUUGAGGACGAUGAUUACCAAUCCCAAAAGGAUGAAUAAACAUCUCUUGUCAACCAUUUCCUUUC